ACGCCACCAUCGGUCGCUCUCUCAAUCAAUCCCUGGCCGCGAGUAGCAUCCGCUCCCCUUUUCCAUCCCGCCGACUGCGCCGCCACCCCGUUCCGUACAUCCUCCUCCUCCAUCAUCGGCGGCGGUGGCUUGGUUUUUCCCUCGCUUGGUCGGCGCGUUCUCCAAUCGCUCGACCUCUUUCCCUCUUUUCGAAGGGCCCAGGAUCCGAAGAAAGAAACCCUAAAUCCGAAGCCAAUCCAAGAACCGACGGGAUCAGGCAAACGCAAGAGGCGCGGAGGGACUCCCUCCGGUCCUUCCUCUUAGGUUGUAUCAGCAGUUGUAUUGCUGAAAGCAUUUAGAGCUUGUUUAUCUUGGGUGAUAAGAGGUCUCUGUCUAAGUAGUUUACGUGAAAUGGAGAUACAAACAUCUGGCAAACCUAUUGAUAGUUUGCUAGAGAAGGUUCUUUCAAUGAACAUUCUAUCUUCAGAUUAUUUCAAAGAACUUUACAGAUUGAAGACUUACCAUGAAGUUAUAGAUGAGAUCUACAACCAAGUUGAUCAUGUGGAACCAUGGAUGACUGGAAAUUGCAGAGGUCCUUCCACAGCAUUUUGUCUCCUGUACAAGUUCUUCACAAUGAAACUCACUGUCAAGCAAAUGCAUGGACUUUUGAAGCAUCCUGAUUCUCCUUAUAUUAGAGCUAUUGGUUUCCUCUACCUGCGCUAUGUUGCAGAUCCAAAGACAUUAUGGACUUGGUAUGAGCCAUACAUCAAGGAUGAUGAGGAAUUCUCUCCUGGUUCUAAUGGUCGACUUACGACAAUGGGGGUAUUUGUGCGUGAUCUUCUUCUUGGUCAGGUAAUUCAUUUUGGUAAAUGUCCCACCUGUUCAUAUGAGAUUCUGGGCUUGCAUUUCCUAAUGGAGUAUUCCUUGAGAGAUCAGUACAUCACAUCUUUAUCAACAAUUAAGUUCAAGUACUACUUUGACACACUUUUCCCACGUGUCCCUGUUCCCGUUGUGCGCCAAAUUGUUGCUAACCUGGAGAAACUGAAGCUCCCCACCAAGCAUUGUGGUGUCACUGGAGAAACUAGUCGGCAGGGCUCAGAUGAUAUUGCCCGUCGCCCUCCUUCAGUAAAAGCUGCUUUGUCAGUCUCAUUUGGUCAGCGUGCUCCACACCGUGCAUCCACCAGGGACUCUUCGCCGGUCAGAAGGAACUUAGGUCCCAUACACGAAAGGAGUGAUGGUGAUGACCAUCGAAGAUCAUCUCCUAGCGUUCGUCGCAGUAGUAGCCGUGACCGACAUGACCGUGAUCGCUCAGAUCGUGACCGUGACCAUGAUCGAGAUCAUCGUGAUCGAGACCGUCGAGACCAUCACCGUGAUCGAGACCACUCAGAACGUGACUGGGGAAGGGACUCUGAGCGAAGGCAUGAACAUGAGCGGCGUGGUGAUCGUGAUAGAGAUUCCCAUCGAUCCAAGCACUCAGAGAGGGAUUCUGGGAGAAGGGACCAUGAAAGGAGUGGGCGAGAUGCUGAUGAGUAUAGACACUCCAACUCGAGACGAAGCAGAAGUAGAAGUAGGAGCAGGAGUCGUAGCAUCCAUACCCGUGGUGCAGAUCGCCCUAGUCCUUUCGGAGAUGAAAAUAAAGAGAAGACAAAGGCUGUUUCAAGCAAUCUGGCAAAGUUGAAAGAUUUAUAUGGUGAUGGAAGUGACAAGAAAAGCAAUGAAGCUGCCGAUAGGCUGCGCAAAGAUACCAGCACUGAAGAGGUUAUCAGACUUGGGGGUUCCACAUGGAGAUGAAGCCAAUUGAAUUUGAUUUGGAAUGAUGUUAUUUUGUAAUAUCUACUUGGGGUAUUAUAGUAAACACAUUUUGGAAUUAGUUGUUGGAAACUAAAUCACCUUGGGGAUGAAAUCUGAGACUUCCCUAUGUUGGUCUUCUUCGGACUAAUCUAUUAGUGCCUGCCUGCCUUUUCCAGGAGAAACAUGCAUGAUGCAAGAAAUGUAUGAUUGAAAUUAAGAUUUA